UUUAGAUUGUAUUCCACCUAUACUUCCAGUUGGGUUUAGAUUGUAUUCCACCUACACUUCCAGUUGGGUUUAGAUUGUAUUCCACCUACACUUCCAGUUGGGUUUAGAUUGUAUUCCACCUACACUUCCAGUUGGGUUUAGAUUGUAUUCCACCUACACUUCCAGUCGGGUUUAUGAGAUCAUAUUCGAUCUACACUUCCAGUCGGGUUUAUGAGAUCAUAUUCGAUCUACACUUCCAGUCGGGUUUAUGAGAUCAUAUUCGAUUUACACUUCCAGUCGGGUUUAGUAGAUCAUAUUCGAUCUACACUUCCAGUCGGGUUUAUGAGAUCAUAUUCAACAAACACCUCCCCCACUAAUCUGAUGGGCUGCCUGAGAACUGAAAUGCCGCUAUGGAACUUCAUAGGAGGAAGGAAGUAACAGUAAAAGAGUGGAAAGUAGCAGUAAAGGGGUGGAAAGUAGCAGAAUGAGAGUGGAAAGUAACAGAAUGGGAGUGGAACAAGUAACACUUCCACACUCAUGGAACAAUCCUCCUCUACCUGCCAUCUUCUGUAUUGCCAUAGCAAUCUAUAUUCUCCUUGUCAUUAUAGGUUUGUGUAUAAGGCAGUGUUUGUUGAAGAAAGGUGUGUGUGGAGGUGGGUGCCAGCAGGGACCAUGUUGCAGCUGUGCAGAGUUAGGUCUACACUGUGCUCAGACCUGUUGCAACUGGGGCCCCAAGCCAACAUGUUCCUCUUUGCUUGACCAUUGUUGUCCUACUGCUCACCAGGGAUGUAACUGUCUUAAGUGUUUAUCUUGUGAGAUGUGCAGUUGUAACACUUGCACAGGUGAUAUCUGCCAGGACUCCUGCAAGUGUUGUAGUGGCUGGUGUGUAGCUCCUGGUCUCUGUACUGUUGGAUCACUGUGUAACACCUGCUACUGCACUACACCUCAGUGUUCCACCAUCAAUUGUAUGUGUUGUGAAAUCACCAUCAAGGGUCGUGGACCUCAGCAAGAAACUUAACAGUGACUGUAAGGAUAUUAUUCUUCACUAUUAACCUGUAUGCUGGAAAAUCUUAAUUGAGACUUAGAGGAAUAAACAGACUGAUGACUCUAACAGAUACUGACAACCUGAUGAAUAGUCUAAGGUCUAUAUAUAUACAGUAAUACCUCAUUAAUACAGUGUGUUAGCUCCAGACUGCCGCAGUAAAACUUAUACGUGUAUCUUGUAUCACAUUAUAGUGAAUCACAGCCUUUUUUUCACUUGCCAGUGCAUAUAAAAGCCUUAAAAAUGUUUACGCUAUCAUUUAUUAAGUGUGCAAUAACACCAGAACUAAAAAAUUAAUAAAUAAAAAUGCUGAAAAUCAUCUUAAGAAGACGACAAGCGCCAGAAAUAAUAAACAUUAAUAUAACUGAAAAACUUCCGUAUUAGUGAAGCACUAAAGUGAGGUACACCUAUAAUGGCUCAGUGAAGGAUUUCUCAGCACCAGCACGAGGCUCAGACAGUGAAAAAGAAUCCAUGACAGUUCGUAGAAAUAUAGCCAAGCUUGAUGUGAAAGGCCAGUGAAAGUGGCAACUCUCACGUGUUCCUGUUCUCGUGGUGUCUUCCUCUGCUGCCCCCACCCUAUGCUGCCUAUCACAUUAUGUGAAGAAAAUUGCAGCCUCUUUAAUGGGAAAAGUACCGUAUGUGGAGGUUGACUGAAGCACCACAACUGGCGAACAAAGGAAAGUCGUGCCUGGAUGUGUCCUGCUGCUCGUACCAGGUACUGUGCUGUGUUGCCUGUCACACAUUUUUGAAAAUAAUUGGACAUUUGUGUGGCAGAAGUACUACUGGAGGUUGCCUGCAGAUCCACCACUGAGUAAAGCAUGAAGAAACCAGUGAGAAAGUUACGCCAUAAUCACAAUUUCUACGUUCAUCAAGUUGACUUCCCAAACAAGUAGCCACCAAAAGCAAUUGCAGGUUAUCAAAUCUCUGAAGCCACAUAAAUGAAGAACAAUUACAUGGAAAAUACAUCAUGAAGCAGCGUAGUGCAUGGGAAAUAAAACUACUUAAUCA